AUGAAUGUUGUUGAGAAUAAUAAAAGUGAUGUUCACAAUGACAAGAAUAUUAAUACAAUCAUUAAUAUAGCAGAAAGACUUUCACCUCAGGCACAUAACCAAGAAAUUUAUAGUCUACCAACAACACCAGCAUCAGCACAUCGACGAAAUCAUCCACACUCGUCUUCUCGACCUUCUCUUAACUCAAAAAUAUCAUCAGCGAAAUCACCAUCGAUCCUUCGAGAUGAACAAUUACCGCCGAUGACACCCGAAGAAAUUACAGCUUCACUUAAGGAAGACGUGAUUGAAGCAUUGAAAAGUCCUAUCGGUGUUGCUGUAGUGAUAAUAUCCGUUAUUGUAGUUGUUGUUGGUGCUGCGUUGAUUCUGAUGGAAUUGAACGUGGUAACUAUGAGAUCUGAAACACAGCAUGCUUUUUGGAUAGAAAUUUUAUCUCAAGUAUUAAACGCGAUAUUCACACUAUUAACCCUCGUGACUUUCCAUUCACGUCUAAUACCACUCAAACAAGCGUUACAACUGCAAUACAACAUCGACAACGACAACGACGAAAUAAGAACUGAACGUUUACGGAUAAUUAAAAAGUAUGCUGGAUGGUAUGAUCCUGAAAAAGACUCGAUGCGAUUACUUAUUUGGGUACUCGGACUAAUAAACUUAAAUACAGUCGCGCAAGCGGUAAUCACAUGUUUCUUAUGGGGUUUUGCGGCAUAUGAUGGAUAUGAUCGUAUUGUAUUCCGAACAAUAUCCUCAAUGCGUCGGCCAAACUCAGUAUUGUAUUGUUUUGUUGCGGUGGCAAUUUCAACCUCUAUUAUUACCGGAUUAUUAAUCUUGUCGAAAAAGAAAUAUCAACAACAAAUAAUGAAGCUAUCGGCAAAGAAAAGUCAACGGCAAUGGAUGGAAUUGCUCAAGUAUGAGCAAAUUGAUUAA